GUUCAUCCAGAUUCCAGAAUUCCAGGAGAUUUAUUUUCUUUUCAAUAUCUCAAACCAGAAGACACUUUAAAUCCAUUCUAAGCAGAGGCGCAGGGUCGGUGAACGUGGCAGUGAUCUGGCCCGUUUGGGGCGGGCAGCUGAGAUAUAAAAGAGCCGUUUGUUCCAGCUGACAGAAUCGCGAGUUCCGACGUGAGACUGUCGUGGCUAAGAGCACAGGAAGCUGAAGGGCAUUCCUAUACGUUCCUCCGAGAAAGAACAUGGAUACACUUUGUGAUCAUUUGCAUAUGGAACCAUCAUAUUCGGACUUGGUUAUUAAUGUAGGCAAAGUCACUCUGGGUGAAAUAAACAGAAAAAAGUUGACAACAUCUCAGAAGCAGCAAGAAAGAGAGAAAAUCACCAAAGCUGUAUGUGCAUUGUUGAACUCUGGAGGAGGAGUGAUCUACAUGGAAAUGACCAACAAUUGUCUUGAGAACACAGAGAUGGGACAGGAUUUAGAAGAACUCUUAAGGGACUUUGUUCAUCCUUUCCGUUUUCUUGACUAUUUUGCAACACUGUCACAAGAGAACUGUUAUUUCCUUUUUGUUAAAUCUUGGAGCAAUGGAGUUUCCCCUGAGAAAAGCUCUACCAUACCCCGUAUUUGUAGUCAGAGUGUGGUUCUGUGGGAAAGGAGUGGCACUAGCACUAAAAGGAUGAGCCCAAGCAUGGUCGUCGACUUUCUGAAAAAUAAAAAUAAAAAUAAAAAUAAAGAGAACUGUGAUGGAGAGGAAAGACCACCUGCUAAAAAACGAUUAAUGACUGUGAAUCCUAACAUCGAGGACCUUGUUGCUUCAGUAUUCGAAAGAAACCAUCUUGAGAAAGGAGAAGUGCUACCAUUUUCAGAAUCAAUGUUAGUAGAGUUUAAAAGUUUCUCAACCGACAAUAUUGCCAACUAUGUAAAAGACAUAAUACCAAAGUACAUUUCAGGGUUUGCCAACACAAAAGGAGGAUACCUCUUUAUUGGUGUGGAGGAUGGCACCCGGAAAGUUCUGGGAGGCUCAAAGGAAAAUGUGAACCCGGAUUCCUUGAAAAAAAUAAUCAAAGAAAAGAUAGACAAUUUGUUUGUUGUACACUUUGGCCGCGAUGAGUAUUCAGUAAGCUAUACAAUCAAAUUUCUGGAAGUGCAUGACAGGAAUGAACUCUAUGGCUACGUCUGUGCAAUCAGAGUGGAACCAUUUUGUUGUGCAGUGUUCUCACAAAGGCCCAUUUCAUGGAUUGUGAAGGAUGGGCUUAUAAAAAGUUUAUCACCUGAUGAAUGGAUGGAUAUGAUUUUGGGUACUGACUCAGAUGUUUCACUUCUGGCUGAAAACUUUGACUCUCAGUUGAACCUGGACGAUUGCCCUCCCCUCAGCAGACCGGUAUAUUGCAAGAAGGACUUGGAACAUAAGGAGACACUUCAGAAACAGUUGUUCCCAGUACCAUCAGAAGAGAUAAAAUACCAUCCAGAUUCCCUGUGCCAGGAGCUGUUCUCAGAACAUGAAGGACUGGAAGAGUUAAUGAAUAAACAAAUGUACAAGGAAGACUGUUCCAAAGGAAUACUGAUAUUUUCCAGAAGCUGGGCGGUGGAUAUUGGCUUGCAGGAGAAUCCCAGAGUGCUUUGUGAUGUUCUUCUAAUAGCCACUAACAGCUUCCCAGUUCUGUAUACCGUCCUCAGGGAGCCACCUCCUUAUGAAGAGGACUAUUCCAUCUAUACUGCCCGUAUGUUAAAGCAAAAGUUGGUGAACACUGGCGGCUACACUGGGAGAGUGUGUCUUAUUCCCAAGGUUCUGAUCCUGAAUUCUGGAAGUGAUGCAGAGGUCCUCAGGAGCUCAGGCCAGCCCAUCCCUUACCCAUCAUCUUACAAAGUGACUGACGAGGAAAUGACAAACCUGUUGCAGUCCCUGGUGAUAGUCUUGCUCAGCUUCCGGUCCUUUUUAAGUGACCAGCUUGGUUAUGAGGUUCUAAACCUGCUUACAAUUGAACAGUAUAAUGUGGUUUCAAAGAAUCUUCACAAGACUCCAAAAUUGUUUGUCCAUGGUUUUCCUGGAACAGGAAAGACAAUUAUAGCCAUGAAGAUCAUAGAGAAAAUCAAGAAUAUAUUCAACUGUGAGAAAAAAGAGAUCCUCUAUGUCUGCGAAAAUCAGCUCCUAAAGAAUUUCAUGAGAAAGAAAGAUAUCUGUGAAGCUGUGACUCGGAAAGGUUUCCUGUCAGACAACUUCAUGGAAGUUAAGCACAUUAUCAUUGAUGAAGCUCAGAAUUUCCGCCAGGAAGAUGGUUCCUGGUAUAAGAAAGCCAAGGAGAUCACUCAGAAAAGUGGGGUUUCCCCAGGGAUACUUUGGAUCUUCUUAGAUUAUUUUCAGACCACUCACACAGAUUAUAGUGGACUUCCUGCUUUCUCAAAGCAAUACCCCCUAGAAAGGCUCACCAGAGUAGUCCGCAAUGCAGAUCCGAUAGCAAGAUUUAUUAAACAAAAUAUGGAAAGGAUCAAAACAAAUCCCCCAUUUAAUAUCCACCCAGAUUCUUUGAAGAUACUGGAUGAAGCUUGUUGGUCUUCAGGGGUUCAGGGUUUCUGUAAGAUCAGACAGAACUUGACAAUGCAAGAUAUUGUGACCUAUGUAGCAGAAGAGUGCAAAACACUGUUCCAAAGGGGUUAUUCUUCCAAGAACAUCGCUAUUCUGUUCAGCACACUCAAGGAUGUAGAAUAUUAUGAAAAACCACUAAGAGAAGCAACUAAGAAAAUCAGGGGGUUCAAGAUCAGCAUUGACCCCGAAAAUAGAGACAACUAUAUUGUCCUUGACAGCAUUAGGCGCUUUUCAGGGCUAGAAAGGAACAUCGUGUUUGGGAUUAAUCCUGUCUCAACCAUUUCAUAUGUUUCAUACAAUCUUUUGGUCUGUUUGGCUUCAAGAGCACUCACACACCUCUAUGUCCUUUUUCAUGGGGAGGAAUUAGGUGCUGAGUAAGAAGUUUAAAUAGAGCUCAGCUUCCCAGCAUUCCAUCAUAAACAGCAACACAAACAGCAAGCUUGAGUAAAAGAACAGGAAAGAAAAACAAUGUCCAUAAGAAAAUUACCUCUCAGCUGGGGUGAAAGGUCAGUUAGCCAAUAAAUGUUUAUUAAAUGCCUACUAUGUGCUAGGGAGGGGAGGUGGAUUUUUGUUAAUUGAAAAAGAAAAUAAGAUAUAAUUUUGAAAAAAGAACCCCAAAAUGAAUCAAGGCUAAUUGAUGGCUUCAAUAGAGUACCAAGAUGUGAAUAGGAUCCUCAAAAGUCAUCAGCAUUUUUCCUCAGGAUCAAUAAAAACCAAGAGGAAAUGAUGGAAAGAGAUACUCCAUUCAAAAAAACUACAAAAAAAUUUUGUUUGUUUGCUUUUUGUUUUUGUUUUUGUUUUUUGCAGGGCAAUGAGGGU